AUGAUCUCGAGCGAGGUGUGGAGAGUGGCAGGCGACACUGUCAACACCUCUCAUCUCGAGGGUGAGAAGACGUCAUACACUGCACCAGAGCGCCAUGAUAGCACUGCCGGCGGACGUCGUCAAUCAGUUGCGCUCAACAUUGUCGAAAACCCGCUGAAGCGUUUUUCCCGCGAGGAGACAUAUGCCAAUGCCCAAGCUUUUGCCCAGGAACAUGGCAUGCCCGAACAUUCCGACCUCUUCGGACGAGCCGCCCUCGUUGCACGCGAUGGCCAGAGAUUCGAGAUGGUCCACGAGCUCAAGGACGACGAGCGCGCGGCGCUGAUUUACGAGAGAGAUCAUAAGUGGCACGGAUCGAAGAUGCUGUGGUACUCGAUCUCAUUGUGCGCUGUCGGGGCUGCAACUCAAGGAUGGGAUCAGACAGGUUCCAAUGGAGCCAAUUUGUCUUUCCCUGAGGAGUUCGGUAUCAAUAAUCCUGGUCGCGACGAGUGGAUUGUGGGUGUCGUCAAUGCCAUCAUUUUCUUGACUGCUGGUCUCGUUGGUGCUUUCAUUGUCGAUCCUCUUAAUCACUACCUAGGUCGACGAGGAGAAAUCUUCGUAACUGCCCUAUGUCUUACAGCUACCCCGAUCUGGUCUGGAUUCGCCAAGUCAUGGCAAGAAUUAUUUGCAGCACGUUUCAUCAUGGGUAUCGGCAUUGGAGCGAAAAAUGCGACUGUUCCUAUUUACUCAGCUGAAAUGGCACCUGCUAGGAUUCGCGGAGCGCUGGUUAUGUUUUGGCAAUUGUGGGUUGUCGCUGGUAUUUUCCUGGGUUUCUGCGCCAACGUUAUUGUCAAAGAUACUGGCCGUAUCGCCUGGCGUCUUCAACUCGGCUCAGCGUUCAUUCCCUCUUUUAUCCUCGCCGUCGGAAUCUUCUUCUGCCCAGAAUCUCCCAGAUGGCUCAUGAAGCACGGCAAGAUUCGCCAAGGAUAUCAGUCGAUGGCUAAGCUCCGUGCUCAUCCUAUCAUUGGCGCUAGAGACUUCUACUACUCAUACAUCAUCUAUGUGGAAGAGAUGAAGGUUGCUGGUGGACUUGGAUACUUCGCCCGUUUGGCCGAUUGCUUCCGCAUCCCAAGAAUUAGACGCGCAAACUAUGGUGCUUCGACCGUCAUGCUUGCUCAGCAGAUGUGCGGCAUCAACAGCAAGUUGUCCCCUUCAAAUUUCGCCCAACGUGCCAUUAACAUUGUACAGUUAUCUCGUUCUACAGCUCGACCAUCUUCAAGGAGGCCGGUUAUACUGAUACCCAAGCUUUGUAUGCCUCUCUCGGAUAUGGCGCAGUUCAAGUCGUUUUCACCAUUCCCACCCUGUUCCUGA